UGAUAAUGUUACCAUAGUGACAUUUCAACUGUCCAAUCAAAAGCGUGGGAUUGAGAGACGGAAGACGGAAGGGGAUUUUUUACAAGUUCUCCAGUCUCCACUGAUGUUGACUGGAUGUAGAAACCUUUCUUGGACAUUUUUAUUUCUCACCUACAGACGUGUUCGUACCAGGAGGAGCUUCAUCUCACAGACUUCUCUCUGCUCCUCUACCUCAACAGUUUCGUCCAUCCCUCUGACUCAACCUUCACCCACUAACGGUCACAGCUUCUUCCCUCUACAUCCACCUGUUCACUUCUUUCCCACCCGCCGCCUUUCUCAUUCUGCUCUUUGUCCCGGUCUGAUGGAGCUAAAGGAAGUUCUCCAGGUGUUGGAGCAGCUGGCUCCUCUGUCGCUGGCUGAGUCAUGGGACAACGUUGGCCUGCUGGUCGAGCCGAGCAAAUCUCGACCUGUUAAAACCAUCCUGCUAACCAAUGACCUCACAGAUGCUGUCAUGGAGGAAGCAGAGAACAUGAGCUGCGAUCUUAUAAUAUCAUAUCACCCUCCGCUUUUUCGGCCAAUCAAGCGCCUGGUUCAGAAAGACUGGAAGCAGCGAUUGGCCAUCCGGGCUGUGGAGGCCGGGAUGGCGGUCUUCUCCCCCCACACUUCAUGGGAUACUGUUAAAGGAGGAGUAAACGACUGGCUAGUCGGCGGACUUGGUAGCGGUCAGGUGUCUGUGCUGAAUCAGACGCAUGGCAGCGCCUCCCACAGUCACAAACUGGAGUUCACAGUCAGGAGUGCCGAAGAAUUAAAUGGUGUUAUGGAGGAACUGAAGGCUUGUGACAGUGGAACAACACUACAGCAUUCAGUCAGCAGACCCAACAGCAGUGGGAUCCAUGUCAGCUUAACCUGCUGUGACUCAGCGCUGACCCCCAGUGUCCAGACUCUGUUACGACACAGCGCCUCCUGCCAGUCCCUCAGUAUCCUGAAGUUAGAAAAGCCCCCUCUCCUGGGACAUGGUCAAGGACGACUCAGUGUUUUGGACCAGCCAGUAACUGUGGCAACAGCCAUCCAGAAAAUGAAGUCCCACUUGGGGUUAAGUCACCUCCGUUUGGCUCUGGGAGUGGGACACACGCAAGAGUCCUCUGUGUGCACUGUGGCUGUGUGUGCUGGAUCUGGGGCCUCAGUACUGAAUGGAAUCAGAGCAGACCUCUACAUCACAGGUGAGAUGUCCCACCAUGAAGUUCUGGACGCUGUGGCGAAGGGAACCAGCGUCCUCCUCAGUGACCAUAGCAACAGUGAGCGGGGUUUUCUGGCCAUGUUCAGAGAGAGACUGGCAGUGCGUCUUCCCGACAGUGUAACGGUGGUGGUGUCGAAGGCUGACAGAGACCCUCUGGAGGUUGUCUGACCAACUCUGAGCUGCAGUUGCACUCGCUAAGAACAGUCUAUUGGAUCGGUUUCCAAUAACAUUACAAAAGCAAUGUCUGUUUUUCUUACAGAGUGAUUCAAAUGAUUAUGUGUUUGUGACUGCAUAAAGAAACAGAUUGUCUGCACAAGCUCUGUUAUAUAAAGGUCUGACAGCAUCAAACUGUGCUUCAUGCUGUUAUGAAAAGUGCUUCCUUGAUACAAGCUGUACUAUUAAUCAUGUAUUUCUGGCAAGGACUUAAUAAAAUUGGGUCCUGCUUGAUCAAAAAAAUGGACUGUAUGCAUGUUGGGUAAAACAAAAUAUAAUCGGCCCAUAAAUGCACAGUGAGAGCCAAAAAUAAAGCAAGUAAUCAGAA